CUACGCAUGUAGUCCGAAAGCAAGUCGGUCCCGAAGUGUUUCGUUUCUGUGGGGCGUGAUUAUCCACUUCUCCUACUUCCUUUCUCAUGUGCCAGUUUUUCCUCUCCAGCUACCUCAUACGUGGCUGCUGGAGGAAAGGGGGAGAAAAAAAGCUGUGCUCCUAGAAGGCAGCUGCGGCCGGACCUUUCCUGCCUUCGGCUGCCGGUGGGGAUCCUGUCUGGCGUACGGGGCAAGGCAGCGUGCAGUAAAAUUGGCCUGGAUGGCAGGGAUACUCUGGUGCAAAGACUGCUUAAACCAUAAGGUAUUAAUUACCAGUUACAUGGGUUCUUUGGCCCAUGGGACAGAUGAAAGUUGAACGCGGUCGGAGGCCCACCUGGGCUGUAUCUGCUCUGUUAAUCUUAGUCACUCUGCUGAUGCUGCCCUCUGAGGUGGCAUCAGGCCAGAAAAUUACUCAAACAACCAUGGCUCACGCAACAGCUACGGCUGCAAGAUCAGGUCCUAACUUCACUGAUGACCUUCAAGGCCUCCAGGCCCUAGCAGACUUCCUAGCUAGUGAGCAUGCUCAUAUUUGGGUCUUGUCCCUUGUGGGCUCAGUUGUUGUAGGCCUGAGUGGAAUUUUCCCCUUGCUCGUCAUCCCAAUCGAAGCUGGAGCAGCCCUGAAAACCGAAGCUGGACACCAAAAGCUAAAGAGGCUUUUGAGCUUCGCUAUCGGUGGGCUUCUUGGUGAUGUAUUCCUUCACCUCCUCCCUGAAGCAUGGGCGCUCUCUGGUUCUUCAGCCACCAGAGAAAAACACUACAUGACACAGGGCUUGUGGGUAAUCACUGGCCUCCUGGCAUUCCUUCUCCUAGAGAAGAUGUUCUCAGACCAAGAUGGACACAAAGAUCCGCCAUCACAUUCAGACCUGAAUUUUAACUCGACUUCAAGUUCAGCUUGCAGUGGAAAGGCUGCUGUGUUACAUGGAAAUGGGUCUCAGCCUGAAUCACAGAAAUAUUCCAAGCAUCAGAGUCUGCAGGGAACAUAUGAGAAAGUCAAGACAAGUGGCUACCUGAACCUCCUGGCCAACUGCAUUGACAACUUUACACAUGGACUGGCUGUCGCAGGGAGCUUCCUUGUAAGCAAAAAGGUUGGCUUUCUUACCACCUUUGCCAUCUUGCUCCAUGAAAUCCCACACGAGGUGGGUGACUUUGCCAUUUUGCUCCGAGCCGGCUUCGACCGAUGGAGUGCUGCCCGUCUGCAGCUGUCCACCGCGCUGGUUGGCGUCCUGGGGGCUUGCUUUGCUUUAUGUUCUCAGUCACCAAAAGGCACAGAAAAUGCUACUUCCUGGAUCCUUCCGUUCACCUCUGGAGGCUUCCUCUACAUAGCCUUGGUGAAUGUAGUUCCUGACCUGCUGGAAGAAUCCAGUUUGAGGCACUCCCUACUGCAGACCCUACUCAUUUUCUGCGGUGUGGCCGUCAUGGCUUUCCUGUCAACCAUCUCUGUUUGAAAAUUGAGGGUUUCUCUUCUUGCUAUUGUGCCAAACAGAAAGACAACAUCCAAAAACAAGGAAGACAUUUUCACUACUUGCUAUAUCGGAAAACGGUUCUUCAUGAACUCUUAAAAUCCAUCUUGGUAGCCAGAUUACACCACCCGGGUAUUGUCGUGCGUCAUGGUAUGCCUCAACAAAUUGCACUUUAUGAAUCAAUGGCAAAAUCAAUCUUGAGACAUUUUUAUUUGACCUUGGACAUUGUGCCAGCUCUAAAUAUCAAGGGAAAGAUGAUGAUUUGUAUGGAUUUCUGUUACCAAGUUGUCUUAAAAUUGACAUCUAUGUUUGCACAUCGGGUUAAGGUGCUACAUGCAAUCCAAUCUCGUAGAGUUUGCCUAUUUUUAAAAUGUAUUUAUCCUAGGAAAAAGGUGUGUUGCUCCUUCAUAUUUAUUUAAAAAAAAAAAAAGAAAAAAAAAACAAGAGAGAGAAACGCAGCAUACGGAAUGUCAGUGCACCACUGCACUGGCAACAUUGUUCUGAGUGUCAACACUAAUGUCACCCAAGUAUAUUUUUAUCUGUCCACAUGCCUUCAUCAUCUCAUAACACUAAAACUAUAAUUGCACCUUUUGAGCAUGAUUAUCAGCCUCCCGAAUAGCCUAUUUAUCAACCAUACAGGAAUAUUUCAUUUUUUGGUGUUUGUUUCUUCACACAGUUAUGGGGUUGCGGGAGUUUGAAUCCAACCUCCUCCCACAUUCCCCCCAAAAAUGCUUUAGGUUCAAUGAAGACCCCAAAUUGCCCUUAGGUGCAAAUGUUGCUUUUUUUAAAUGUGCCCGGAGAUUGUCUGCUCGUUCUAUCACGAAUUUCAACCAAAGAUCACCCAUGAACCGGAUUAGGAGAAGUGGUUCAGAAAUGGAUGAAUGGAACAUUCCUCGCUCCAAACAACCCACCCGACAUGAGGAAGUGAACUGUUAAUUUCUCUGAUCUAUGCCAAGAUCGGUCACUGCUAGUCUACCUGUACCGUCUCAUGAUAUGUUGACAAAAUACCACACUGGCAAUCACAGCUUGAAGACAAUUCGGAUAUGCGCCUGUUAAACAGGCUGAGUUACAUUACGUCACGCAAAAGUGAAGAACCCGAUACCAAGUUUCACCCUUAAAUCCUGUACACCGUGUGUCAAUGCUGCUGAGAUCCUACGUGUGAUAACGGGAAAUAGAAAUGAAGGGACGUGACAUAGACAUGGUAUUUCCACUCCGGUUCCUUUUCUGCAGCUUGUUUGGCAAGCGUGUGUUGCCAUCACGACUCCGCCGCAGGUUGUCUACUUUAGUCAUCGGCCGAUGAGGUGCGCAUUGUCUGUGGGAAGCUUUUCAGUUACGGAACACGAGGACAACAAACACUCAAGGUUUGAAUGGAAUGCGGUGUCAAAUUUACAUAAAAUCUAGAAGCGGCGAUAAACAAUGACAAGCUGCUCUGUUCCCAUCAUACACUCCUCAAAUAUUUUGUCACCAAUUGAUGCCGGAAUAUUUUGUUACUACCUUAUCUGUACUAUAGUACGUGAUUGUCCCAAACCUUUGUUUUGCAUUUGUUUUAACUGAGAGUUAUUUAAGAAAUGGCUGUGUAAGAUUGCUGACGCUAGUUCCAAUUGGUUUUAUUUAUGAAACUUUGUGGUAACUAUUUUUUUUAUUCACUCUUUGGAAGUAGCCCAACUGAAAAGUUCACAGUUGCAAACAAAUGGCCAUAUUCUAUUUCGGUGUUUUCUGGCAGGUCAAAUGAAGGUUGGAUCCAUAAAUGUUUGUGUACAGUAUCGUCUUGUGCCUUUAUCAACCACUGCAAUUUAUUUGGAAUAAAGCGGGAUGCCCUGGAAGUUUUCCAACUAUAUGGCAUUUACCAGCAACAAUGACAGCUAUUUUAUAUCAAUUUCAUGCUCUUAAGUGCCUCCAUUCUCAGGGGUUGUAAAAGUAUAUGCAUUCUAAAGAGAGCUAUUUUUAAUACUUCGGUGAAAAUCAAUUCUGUGGCCAAUGGUCCGAACCAAAGUCUGAUUUGCAUCCCUUGUGAGGUUUUGCCAGUUUUUUUUUUUUUUAAUAUAUAUAUAUUCAGCAGCUACCUUUGCUGCUUGUUAAUAGGAUGCGCUUCCUUCACUUUUGUCUGCUUUGGGAUGGUCCGGCUAGUUUGUCUGCUUAUUGAAAACCAUUCUUAUUUCAGACAUCGCUAGACUGUUACAAUGAUGAUAAUGCCCACCUUCUCCGGAAUAAAAUUCUUUAUGCUUGUC